AUGCGAUCGUACGAGCCAAUGUAUCACGUCGGGUGUCUCGACGUCGAAUUCGGCGGUGCGCACGCUGGAUGCAGUUACAAGGUGUAUUACCCAACAAAUUUAAAGCCGAAGUGGGGAUUUUGGCGUCGUCCAGCGAACGUGGAGACGUGGCGGGCUUACUGGGGGAUGCUGGUUUUCCAAGCGAACGCUCAGCGGUGGAACGUGGCGGCCAGAGCGCUCGCGUGGGCAUUUUGUUUCGUCGUUUGGACGAUAUUCAGAGUAUUGGCGACGCUUGAGGCGAGGGAAGACGCACCGUUGAUCGAGAGCGAAGAGGGAUUGGACGUCGUGGCGUUUUCGCACGGCUUGGCCGGGUUCGCGACGUGUAACGCCGGGUUGGCGUGCGAGCUCGCUCGGAGAGGAAUCGUCGUCUUCGCGAUCGAUCACGCCGACGGAAGCGCGACGGUGAGCAAGCGCGCAAACAGUAGCGGGGUACAAUGGAAUUUAUACGUCCCGAAUGGGGGGAAAUUUGAGGCGAGACGAGCGCAGACGACGACGCGGUUGGCUGAAAUUGCGUCGUGCGCCGACGUCAUCGACGCCUUGAAUCGAGGCGAGACAUCGACAAAAAAUCUCCUAGCGACGCGCAAUAAUGUUAACUUGCACUCGAUGUUUCGAGGAAGAUUGAAAGUGGAUUCGAAGACGCUCAUGGGCUUUUCGUUUGGUGGCGGUUCUGCCGUUGUCGCGUCGGCGAACAUCGACACAUUUGCUCGCGUCGUCGUCCUCGACGCGUGGUUGGAAUUUAUGACGGACUUGGAGUGUUUGGAGCGCGCGUGUAGAAUUCCAACCCUUUCUGUGAUCUCCGAAAAGUGGGGCACCAACGCUCGGACGGAAAACAAACACGUCCUGACGCGCGGCAAGAAUCGAACGUUUUGCGAAAUUGAAGUUCCAGGAUCGAAGCAUCACUGCUUUUCUGACGUAAGCUUUUUCUUCGGUGCGAUGAAAAAGGUCAUCGGUAUGGUUGGAAGCGUGGACACGCGCACGUUCCACGCGUUCAACGCCGAAAUCAUCGCGACGUUCGUGCGUUCAUCAAGCGCCGCGUCACUGGACGACGAGCUGCGAAGAGUGAUCGCCGAAUACGACUCAUCUUUGCCCGGAGCGACGCUUCGUCGAUGA